AAUAUUUACCCGUUGCACAGGAACUAUUUAAAUAAUUGUUGAUGCCUUGGUCACAAUUUUUGCUUUCGGUAGCAGAGCACGGUGUAUUUGACGUGGUUUGAGAGGUUUUCUGAAGACGCAGGAACAAGUUUUUUAUUGAGGUCAAACUCUUAGGAAGCUUCUUCUGCAGUGCUCGUUUUUGUCUCAGCUUGCUGAAAAUGGCGGGUGUAAGCAGCUGCAUGAAGUACUCCAUGUUCAUCUUCAACUUCUUAUUUUGGGUGUGUGGCUCCGUUAUACUGGGAGUCUCUGUAUGGAUACGUGUUAGCAAAGAUGUUCAGCAGGAGUUGGAUAUAGACAGCAGCCUGUUUGCAGGGGUUGAUCUGCUGAUAGCCGUGGGCUCCAUCAUUAUGGUCCUCGGGUUUCUGGGGUGCUGUGGUGCCAUAAAGGAGAGCCGGUGCAUGCUGCUGUUGUUUUUUAUUGGACUGCUUCUGAUCCUGAUCCUUCAAGUCACAGGAGGUAUUUUAGGAGCAGUGUACAGAUCUCAGAUUGAAGCAUCCCUUAACAAGACUCUCCUGGCAAGUGUGAAUUCAUUGCAAAGCUCUACAGAAGAAUCUAAAGUGUUCCAAGAGAAUUUCCAGAAGUUUGAGAGAAUGAAUGAGUGCUGCGGUUUGCUGAAUGGACCUGCAGACUGGGGAAAAAAUUUUAAUGCUGCUUUUGGUAGCAGUAAAGUCUGUGCAUGUGAACCAGAGGACCGACCAACAGACCUCUGCACCACCUUUCAAGGCAGAUACAUUUAUAAAACGCCUUGUGGAGAGGUGAUUGUCAAAUACCUUAAAGACCAUCUGCUCAUAAUUAUGGGCAUCGCCUUUGGACUGGCCGUUAUUGAGAUUCUCGGUUUGGGGUUUUCUAUGAGCCUCUACUGCCAGAUCCAGAGAAAAUGAAACUGUAAAAGUGUCAGAACGAUGUCACCAGCCAAAUCAAAACCUUUGUAGAUAGAAGGAUAUUUGGCUUGGCACAUUCAGAUAUAUAUAUGCAUGUCCCAGGCAGCUGUUCUGAUGAAAACGGCAGCCCUUGUGCACACGGAUGCUUCGCAAUUUGCAAAAUGACCUCCUCGUACUUCAUAAGAUUUAAUGAUGUGAAUGU